AUGUCGGAUAAAGCAAGUUCUUGUGAUUCAUCUGAUUUCUCCGAUGGUUAUCCAACGACAACAACCAUUAGUACAGUUGCUGUACAAGCUGGGAAUGCACGUAUUGUAUUGGCAGUACUACGAUGUGGUAAUUGGAUCCGUGUUCGCAUUCAACGUAUGGAACCAGAUCUAUAUGAUAUUGGAGGGAAUGCUGAUGAAUCGCGUUCACUACAGGAAAUUCAUGAACAUUUAUGUGCUAAGUUGGCUUCUAAACAAGAACAAAUAUCUGAGCUUUUAUCAAGAGCUGAUGAUUUAGUCACUCAGCAGACUUCAGACAAUCAAAGUCAAGUGUACGCAGCAAUGGCAGAAUCUUUAAAUCGCGCUUGGCGUGAUUUACUCGGCAUAUUAACACAACGUGGACGUUUACUUGACCUUGCGGUGGAAUGCUUUAAUUCAGCUGAGAAUGUUAUCUACCAGGCUGAAACAGUUGAACAUCUGUGUAACACUGGCAGUUGGGGUCAUGAUGUCAAUUCAGUGCGUCGUUUAAUGGAGGAACAUGAAAAUUUGAAACGUACUGGAUUAUUGGAACCAUCACAUAAUAUGCUGAAUUUAGCCAAUAAUUUAUUAGAAUUACUCGGUCGUAUGUCGUGUCAAGCUGGUGGUUCAACUUCAGCUUCAAACACUGGCUCUGGACGUGCAAGUAUUGAAGCUAGAGAACGUGUAGCAGUGAUUACUUCUAAAGCUGGAGUUGCUAGACGGCACGCUGAAGAAGUAUGGAAUCGUCGUGAUCAUUUACUUCAUCUAAGACUAGCUGUAGUUUCUAUGGAAGCAGAGUUGGAACGUAUUGUUGACUGGUUUGUGAAGAUUGGUGAACCUCGUUUUUCAGACAUACAAGUUGGAACAAGUCUAUCCGAGUGUCAAGCUAAUUUAGAUAUGUUAAUGACUCUUGCCGAUGAGGUGCGUGAUCUACAAAAUGCACACUCACGUCUAAUGCAACACUUACAUCAAGCAACAACUACAGAUUCAUGGCGUAGAAAACGUGAAAAAAGUGUAUCAGAAAUCCUACGAGUACAAGAACAAGAAUUAGGCUUGCAUUCUUUACCAGUCAGUUUAGAGGGUGAUAAUGAAGUUGAAAUGACAAGUGUGCAUGACUCAGACACCUGGCGUGUUACUCAUGGUGCAUAUUCUGAAUUGAUUACUAGACUAAGGACAACAGAAUCAUAUAUUUGGGAAUUUCUAGAAAGGAUUGAAAGCAGAAGACGUCAGCUGCAUACUAGCGUCAUUUAUUAUAGUGAAAUUAACGUUCUUCUCAGUCAAAUUUAUCAACUUGAAUCAGAUAUGAAAAAGACAAGAGAUCUUCAACAAACUGGACUGGAAGAAAUCUAUUACAAUCGACUGACUGAUUUGGAAGUACGUGUACCAGGUUUAAAGCAAACAAUGAAUGAAUUACGAAGCAGUUAUAAUGAACCAGCUAGACUGUCUAGAUUAAGAGCUCAAUUAGGUGUUAAAAUUCAACCUACUGCCUAUGAAUCUGAAUUACCGCCAGCAGCAGCAAGUUCAGUGACUGGUAAAAUGCGUGAGGUUGAUGAAGGCAUAGAGAGAUGUCGUGACCUACUCAAUAAACACAGAGAAUUAAACAUCAAAAUUCAGAAACGUGAAGAAACUGAAUUUCGUUUGAAUGAUUUGAGUAUGUGGUUGAGUCAACGAAUUUACCGUUCACUUGUGGAAUACGGAAGAUCUGGUACAACACUUGAACAAGUAGCCGAUUUCGAAGAUGUACAUCGACGUCUUGAACGUGAACUGCAGUCUAGAGAACCUGAAUUAGAAGAAUUACGCAUUGCUAUUAGUCGUCUAUCACCAACUGCUGGAAAGUCAAGUUCACAGGAUCGUUUAAAUGAAUUAACUUCAUGUUGGACACGUUAUCGUCAAAUAAUUCAAUUACGCUUAGAAUUAGCAAAUCAUUUCUCUUCAUUACUGAGACGAAUACGUGAAGACGACUAUCAGUACAAUCUAACUGUACAAAAGAUGCAUGAAGCUGACAGAAUGAAAUUAACAACAACUGGUUUAGAUUUUCAUCCAAGUUGGAUAGCCGGUUCUACGGAAACUCCACAGGCAGCUGAACGUAUACGCAGUGAAUUAAAUAUGACUACAAGUCGAUUAGAAGAACAGCAGAUACUGAUUCGUCAGUUUAUUGAUCAUAUUACACAGAGGGCUGAUCAAGAUUUGCAAAUCACAGAAACUGUGCAUUACUGUCAAGUUCAACUGGAAGUGAAUAAUAAACGCUUGGUUCAACUACGUGAAUCAUGGGAUAAUUGUCAACAGCUCUGGGACCAGUAUAAACUUGCUCAAGAACAAUGGGAAAUAUUUACAGAAACAGCUCGUAGUUUGGAUGAAGCGAUGACAUCAUCACUUUCAAGAAUGUCACGAACACCAUUACCAAGUCAACCUUAUGAACUUACUGAAGCGUUGAAAGUGCAUCAUAAUGAACGUAAUGAAAUUGAUCAAUUAACACUGAAUUUGAAGACAAAAGCUCAACAGUUAGGUGCAAUGGUUGGCGCUAGACCAGAUGAUCAAGAUCAUAGUAGACAAGGUUGGCGAUUUGUUGAAGCUGUUGAUGGUUCAUAUUCUGGACUUGCAUCUUCAAAUAUGGGAAAACGUAUACGUUCUGAAAUGUGUAUGCAACUAGCUGGUUUGGAGACAAGAUGGAAAGCAUGGGAUAAGGCAUGGACAUCCCGAAGUAUACAGUUGGAAAGACGUGGUACACAUUUUGGACAUUUAACAACAAUAGAGGGAAUUGAAGAAGAAAUAGCUAUGGCUGAGAGGAAAUUACAGGAAAUCAUGGGCACGGUUUCAUUGACUGCACCAAUUUCUCAAGUUCAGAUGGCUGAUAGAGAACUCAGUCAAAUUGAGGCUACUGUCCCGGUUCUACGAGGCCGUAUACAUUCAAGUGCACCAGAUAUGAGACUGCAAUUAAUUCAGGGUGAGCCAUCACCAAAUGAAUAUACUGGUGCUAAUAUUGAUCUAAUGGACGUCACAAAACGUCGUCACGAGCAACUUGAAUCACGUCUUACCACAUUUACAGAAGAAACUGUACGCUGUCGUACAGAAAUUAGUUUAACACUACGUCUGUUAAACGCUGUCAGUAUGGCUGAGAAUGUGCUUUCACAAAUCACAUUCAAUUUAGAUAAUGUUAAAAGUCGUAUUGCUGAGAUUUCACUACAAAACACCAGUCAAAUAGAACAGAUUCGUUUUGAAAUUUCUGAACAAAUUAACCGAGGACGUGUAUUGGCUGAUACUCAUAUACCUGUAUUGGAACAAUUAGCUUUUCAAUAUCCCCGACCUGUGGAAGCCAAACAACUUAUACAACCACUUGUUAAUGGAUUUCAAACAACUAUAAACAAUCUGAAUCAAAUGUCUGAUGAAAUACGCGUGAGAACAGAACAAUUUAUUGAUUUACAACGACCGCAAGGUAUGCAAGUGGCUGGUGAUCAAAUUCGAUCAACGUCUAUAGUAAUGCCAGUGCGAGCGAAACCACCAGUUAUUACCAAGCCUUUAGAAAAUGUCACUACUGAAGAAGGUAAAAAGGUUGUUAUGGAGACUAAAUUCGAUUCAGGCCUACCACCAGAUGCGAAUCCAUUUGAUGCUAAUCAAUUACAAGUAACUUGGUACAAAGAUGGUUUGCCAGUGGUUACACCAGAUUAUGAAGUAAAUUUAACUCCUAAUUCAGCCAGUCUAAAAAUAUCUGAAACACUAACUGAAGACAAUGCAGUGUUUUCAUGUCAUAUUAGCACACCAUACGGUAAAGCUGAGACAAGAUGUACUUUAACAGUAAUCGAGCCAAUCAGUCCACAACCUGCUGAUGAAAGUUUGAUCCAGCCGACUAGAAGUGUUAGAGAACAAAAGCCUGUUCGUGAAACUGGUGAACCACCUCAAUUCAUCAAACAUCUCAAGUCGACUUAUAUUGACGAAACUCAGGAACUAGUUUUAGACUGUCAAGCUAUUGGUCAGCCUGUUCCAUUCCUAUCAUGGUAUAGAAAUGAUCAGCUGAUAGAUCAGAAUCCUGAUUUUAAAAUUACUCAAUUGGCCGGAUCAGGAAUACUGAGAGUUCCACAGUGUCGUGUCGCUAGUCAUUCAGGAGUAUAUGUGUGUCGUGCAAUCAAUCCACUUGGUGAAUGUUCAACAACCUGUCAGGUAAACAUUAAUCCAGCUCAACCACCGGAAAUUAUUCAGCCCUUGCAAAAUUUGAAUCUGAAAGUUGGCGACAGAUGUAAACUUACAGUUCAGUAUAAGAGUGCACUACCAGCUGUAGUGGAAUGGUAUCACAAUGAUAUGCCAAUUCAAGGAGAAAUAGGCCGUCGACGUAUUACAAUGGAAGUUAAUAAUACAGUCAGCCUACAUCUUCUUAUGGUUUCUGAAUUAGAAGGUGGAAAGUAUACAUGUACCGUGCGUAAUCAAGCAGGAUUUGCCACAACAAGUUGUAGUGUGACAGUUCAUCCUCUGGAGAAACAUGAACCUUUAUCACCAUCACAACUAUCUUUCCGAGCAACAGCUUCACGUCGCAGAAGAGAUAUUCAACUUGAAUUUGAUGAGGUCUUUGAACCCUCUAAAGUUCCACGUGUAGUUCAAUCUCCGACUGCAAUUAGAGGUGCUAUUCCUUACACAAGCCCCCAAGAUUUUCAAAGAGCAGUUUCUGUACCGCCUCUUACUACAGUCUCUGUACCACUGAGAAUGCGAACGCAUGUUCCUGAAUCGCGUCCAGCAUCAGAUUAUGGUAGACCGCCACAGUUUCUUACACCUUUACAAAAUGCUGAGGUUGAUGGACAAGAGAAAAUCAAGCUGGAGUGUCAGAUCACCGGGUUUCCAGCACCAAAAGUGAGUUGGCUGAAAAAUGGUAUUCCGUUGGCUAGAUCGAAUUCGUAUGCCAUCCACGAAAAUGGACAAUAUCAUAGUCUCGUUUUCUACGAUGUGUUCAUUGAAGAUCAAGGCGAGUAUACAUGUGUUGCUGAAAAUCCCUAUGGGAAUGCAUUCAGUUCUUGUAGAAUGGAUGUUGAGCCUAUUCACACCUCUGAACAGCCAGUUGAUCGUGCACCGACAAUAGUGAAGCCUUUACCAGCACGUUUAUCAGCUGUCGAAGGUAAUUCACUUGAUCUGACUUGUCAGUUUACUGGUCGACCAAUACCAACAGUCGUAUGGCUUAAAGAUGGUAAACAGCCUCAGUCUUCAGUUAAUUUUCAGACUUUUCAAGACUCCGGUUUUGCGCGUCUCUACAUUCCAAAAGUGGAAAAAGACAAAGGUGGCACAUAUGAAGCUGUAGCAACAAAUCAAUUAGGAAGUUGUAGUACUACCUUAUAUCUGGAAAUAAUUCCAACCAUCAAAACAUCAGUUGACUUACUGACAUCAGUAUCACCGGCAAUUAGUGGAAGUCCACCCGAGUUUACACGAAUAUUUAAGGAUGUUUAUAUAGAAUCAGAACGUCUGGAAGAAGUAGUACUAGAGUGUUCAGUGACAGGUAUUCCAACACCAACAGUGUACUGGACACAUAAUGGCAUAAUUAUAACGCCAGAUGAUCAACGUUACACCGUUGGACGAGGACCUGGGCCAAAUGAUCAUUGUCUAAUAAUUCGACGACCGGGACCAGAAUCAGCAGGUCGUUAUCAAGCGAUAGCUGAAAAUAUUCACGGAAGAGUUACCUGUUCAGCACUGAUCAGUCCUUCAGGCUUCAGUCAAACCUUAAUAAAACGACCACCUUCUACAAUGAGUUUAACAAGACAUACAGUUAUCCGACAACAACAAUGGACUCGUGAAACAUCUUUGCCGCCAUCGCCAGCGAGUACUGGUCCAAUAGUUUCUCCACAAUCAUUCGCCACAGUUCAAGUACCUCGGUCACCAAUUAGAUUUCAGAGGGAAACAUCAGCACCUCCAUCACAAUACUACUUGACAAGACAUCAUUUACAAAUAAGACCAAGACAGGCAACACCGCCAAUUCAACUCACAUUCUCUUUACCACGUAAAGAGAAGUCAUUGAGUCGAACAGAGAUUACAAAACCUGUUGAGAGUCAUUUAAGACCUCAAGGACAAGUGAAACACUAUAGCAGCACACAACACUUGAACAAAAAACAAUUUACACCAGUUGUUCAACAUGUUGAAACACGCUAUUCACGUCGUGUUGCAAGUCAACCACGUCUUUCACCGGGUUAUUCAUCAGAAGAAGAACAUGAACACAGUAUGUCAAUUGUUCCAAUGGUAAGACACUAUAAAACACGUAUGGAAAGAAAUAUGGUUGCUCGACCACAUGUUAUCUCUGGUUACAGUUCUGUAAAAGAGCAUAGACGUUCAUUGCACGUUAUACCAAUGAGACGUGAAUAUCAGACAUGCUUAGAACAUAAUGUACCAUCUCGUCCAACAUUGGAGACAUGUUUUGCAACGGAAGAAGAACGUGAAUAUGGGAUGAAUGUUGUACCGAUUGUACCACACACUGAUUAUAAGACAGAAUUGACAACAGAUGUUUAUAGUAAACCAGAAUUAACACCAGGAUAUGUUACAGAGACUAAGCAUAUUCGAUCUUUUGAAGUUACACCAAUGGUACCAGAAUAUCAUACUAAAAUGGAAAGACAAGUUGCAAGUCAUCCAAUACUUGAAGCUGGUUAUUCAUCUGAAGAAGAGCACGAGCAUAAACUAAACGUGGUACCUAUGGUCCCAUAUACUUCUUAUAAAACGGAAUUAAGUACCGAUGUCUUAUCGAAACCAGAGUUAGUACCAGGAUAUUCUACUGAAACCAAACAUCCUGUAAAUCUUGAAGUUACACCGAUGGUACCAGAAUAUCGUACUGAAUUAGACACAAGUGUCGCCAGCCACCCAUACUUAGAAGAAGGUUAUACAUCUGAAGGAGAACAUGAACAUCAAAUGGAACUUGUACCUUUGGUACCGGAAUACAAGACACAACUUUCAACAGAUUUAUCCGCCAAGACAGAGGUGAUUAGUGGCUACGAGAGUCGGUUGCACUUUGAACGAACAUAUCUGAUGGAGACCCAGUUAAAGCAGUAUGAAAGUGCAAUUUCAACUCGAAUACCAAGCAGACCUUCAUUAACGUCUAUAUUUGAAUCAACCUUUGAGCACGAAACAAAUAUGAAUGUUGUUCCAGUUGUUCCACACGAUGAACAUUAUCAAAGUCAAAUACUUGCUGAUUUCCAUGCUCAGUAUCGUCCAAUUGAUGUCAUUGUUGAAGUGCCAAUUCCACCAGAAUUUGUCAAGCCUUUGACUAAUGUAAUAGCCGACGAAGGAGCUUGUGUCGUAAUUGAAGGUCUUGUAAAUGGUGUACCGCAGCCUAAAAUAUCAUGGUACCGUGCUGGACGAGAGAUAUGUGACGGUCCUGAUUUCCGAUUAGAUUAUACCGAUAAUCGUGUACGACUAACACUUAGCGAAGCUUUUGCUGACGAUUCUGGUGAGUACAUGUGUGAAGCUGAAAAUGUUGCAGGUCGUGCACAAAGUGCAGCAAAUUUAAUAGUACGUGCUCGCUUAUUAGCACCGAAGUUUAUUAAAGGACUUGAAAAUCAAAUUAUUUAUGAAGGUGAAUCAGUUCGACUGGUUGUGAAAGUUGAUGGUCAUCCACCUCCAACAGUUACAUGGACACGUGACGGUCACGAAAUCACAAGUUCUCCCAAUUAUAUACUUGAAAAAGAAGGUAACGGUGUUUAUGCGCUUAGUAUACCAGAGGCAUUCUUUGAAAAUGCUGGACGUUAUGCUGUAAUUGCAGAAAAUCCAGCUGGAAAGUGUAUUUCUUCAGGCCUGGUUACAGUAUUAGAACCAGAAAGGCCGUAUCCAAGUGGACUAGAUAAAUUAUGUCAGAGCCAGUUGACAGUACAAGUGGAAGGUUUGAAACAGGUUCGAUUACCGUCACCAGUGCCUCAACCACACCCAGAGAAGCCUUAUUUCACAAAGGCCUUCAGUCCUGAAAUAGAGAUAAAUGAAGGCGAACGAUUAGUUUUGACUGCUGAAGCCUGGGGCAAUCCGAUUCCCUUGAUUAAAUGGUACUUCAAUGGUCAACCUUUAGUCGAUAGCCCUGACCAUCAACAAUCUCAAGUUGGCCCACAAUUGGCUGAUGUCAAUCAGCUACAACCGCAUUCAGUGCUAAUGACCGGUCAUUUGGUCAUGAAUGAAGUAUUCUUGCAAGAUUCUGGUCUCUACACGUGCAUAGCUGAAAAUAUAGCUGGUCAAGCAGAAGUUAUGGCGAAUAUAAGUGUUGUGCCAAAACCUACUCGAGAAAUUGAGAGACCAUCAAUUCAACCACCAGAAUUUGUCAGAUUCCCAGAAUCUCCAGUGAAGCUACAGCCUGGUCAAGAUGUAGUAUUUGAAGUUGAAGUUAAAGGCCUACCUUUAACCUCUUUGAACUGGUAUCACAAUAAUAUGAUUGUUCAUAAUAAUCAGAAUGUAUUCAUUGAAAAUAUACCGGAGGCUGGUAUCACAAGAAUAUUUAUUAAAUGUGUGCAACCAGAUGAUCAAGGCGAUUGGUUAGUAACAGCUACAAAUCCGGCUGGUUCAUGCUCUAAAGCUGUUCGAGUAAUUUGUGAAGAGACUGUAUUUAUUCAACCAGAGCCUAUUGUACACUCAGAAUAUGAGCUGAGAUUAAGUCAUCCAGUGUCUGAUGUCACUGAUUUAUCCUAUACAUAUGAACAACAAACAUUAUUCAUACAACCGGAAAUGAUUCCACCGAAUUUUGUAGAACGUUUCCCCAGUGAAAUUAAGAUCAAUGAAGGAACACCAUUAAUUCUACAUGGUAGAGUUCAUGGCCAACCAAAACCAACUGUAAAAUGGCUUAAAAAUGGUAAACCAUUAUAUCCAAGUGACAGAAUUCAUUAUUAUACACUGGAUGAUGGGACAGUACAUUUAGAAAUUGCAGAACCUAUAGAAGAAGAUUCAGGCGUUUAUGUCUCCUCAGCUGAAAAUCCAGUUGGAGAAGAUCACUGUAUUGUUACUCUAUCCGUUCUACCACUGGUAAGUGUUGCACCGACAGGUCAACCGCCCGUAUUCUGUCGUGGUCCACUUCCUUGGUCGCCUGCAGAAACUGGUCCAUUGAUUGUUUGUCCUGGAGUAUUGAAUUUAAAGGAGGGUCAGCCUGUUCGCUUAGAAGUUGAAGUGAUUGGUAAACCAACACCAACAAUAGCAUGGUUCAUCAACGGACGAUCUAUCAGUAUGGAUAAAACACACAAGGUUGUCCCACUUCGCGCCAACGUGUGUUCACUGAUUCUUGAUUCACCAGCACCGAAUCUGGAUUCUGGCCUUUGUAGUUGCAUAGCUACUAAUCAAUUUGGUCAAGCUGAACUUCAAUUUAACAUUCAUGUUGAAAGUAAACCACAGACCAUUACUCAGGCGCCACGAUUUGUACAAAAACCUCCAAAUCAGUUGACAGCAUCACCGAAUGAACAAGUUACACUGUACGCUGUCGCAGAAGGUAUACCGAAACCAGUUUUAUCAUGGCAUAAAGAUGGAAAGUUAUUUACUGGUACUGCAGACAGUCGUAUCCAGAUUGUAACUAACGAAAUGGAGACAACACUGUAUAUUACCUCCUUACAGCCAGAAGACUUAGCCACAUGGCAAUGUCUUGCUGCAAAUACAGCCGGAAGUGCUUCAGCAAGAUGUAAAAUUUCAGCACCUGUCGAAGAAAAGCCUAAAGAACCAGCUCGAAGAUACAGUAUACCGAAAAAACAACCUGAAGGGCUUCAAGAAGUUACUUCCCCGAACCCAAUAAUCAUGUCUCCACCACAGUCCGUGCGUGUAAAUGAAGGUGAAAAUGCUCGUUUCACAGCUCAUAUAGUUGCAAAUCCUCCACCAGUUGUAUCUUGGUACAUUAAAGGUCAACCAGUACCCGCUGUUGGAACAGUACAACAACCAGAAGGCGAAGAAAUUCGACAUUUAAGUCGUUUCGAUGGUUUAAUUUACUAUCUAGAUAUGCAAAAAUGUCUACCUGAGGAUGCAGGUGAAAUUUAUGUUGUAGCACAACGUAGUGAUAUUUCACCGGAGGCAGCAGCCAGUGAACCUAAUGCUGUUGUAAGCGCAUUUGCUAAUCUAGAAGUAGUACCAGCCGUUGAUCUACGUGCACAACUGAAACCGAUACCCAAAACCUCUACUGAAAUCAUACCUGAAAAGGUUGAACCGAAGCUUGAAGGUCGUGCACCACGUUUUCUUAAAUUUUUACAACCUGUAACAGCACCAGAAUCUUCACAAAUAACGUUUUCGGUUGAAUUUGAUGGUGAACCAAUACCUGAAGUAAUCUGGAUGCAUGAACAGGAGGAUAUAAGUAAUAGAGAAAACUAUCAGAUAACUACAACACCUACAACAAGUCAGCUAGUAAUUUCAAAUGUCCGUUUAGAAGAUAUGGGCAAUUUCUCAGUUACACUGCGUAAUCCAAUUGGACAGGCAUGUAGUAAGUCAAGACUGACAGUGACACAGUUAAAAGUGUCUGGGAAAGCACCUGAAUUUGUACCACCACUGAUUCAAUCACAGGUUGUGGAGGCUGGAGAGCCGAUUACAUUUGAAUGCAAGGUUAUUGGGGAGCCAACACCUCAAGUGCAUUGGGAACGUAAUGGAGAAAGACUACCGCUUAAAAGUCUUGACCAUAUGCGAAUAUUUGAUGCACCACCGUUUCAUACUCUUGUUCUAUGCGAAACUGUACCAGAAGAUUCUGCCGAGUAUCAGUGCGUAGCGAUUAAUGCGCAUGGACAUAGUGUUUGCAAGGCUAAUGUUACAGUAAAAGCCAAACCAGUUACUGUCAUCCCACCGAGAAUUAUUCAAGCACCACAGAGUGUUACUGUUGCUGAAUCAGAACCUGUUCAACUGACUGCACUGAUAGAAGGCAUGCCAAUGCCAGAAAUCACUUGGCUACUGCACAAUGAAGUUAUUAAACCAUCUCAAUACUUUCUUCCGGAAGUUCGACCAGAUGGUUACACAAUACUUAAUAUUUCCAAUGUUUAUCCAGAAGAUGUAGGAGUUUAUACAGUACGUGCUGUUAACGCUGGUGGUGAGGUAACAGCGUCGGCUGAAGUUUGCCUAUCAGCUCCGCAGAAUAUCGCUCCACAAUUUGUUAAACCCUUACCUAUGGGCCCGAUAGAAGUUAAAGAAGGCGAACAAGUCUGUCUAGAGGUUCAGGUAUCAGGUGAACCUUUCCCUGAGAUUAAUUGGUAUCAAAAUGGACAGCCAAUUCAAUCUGGUCCUGUUUGGAAGGUAACAACAGACCGAUAUAUUUCCCGCCUUGAAUGCAAAACUGUGUCAAUGAACAACUCUGGAGAAAUCCUUGUCAGAGCAGUUAAUCCAGCCGGACAAACAACUACCCAAACAAAAAUGAUCAUUAUUCGUCUAGGACCAGAACCGAAACCACCAGUUUUUGAAAAACGAUUACAACCUAGAGUCAAAGUAUUGGAACAUCAUACUGUUACGCUGGAAUGCUGUGUCAAUGGGUAUCCAGAGCCAACUUUACGAUGGUUUCAUAAUGGUGUGGAAUUUGAACCAGUUAUAAUUUCAUCGCCCUCUCAACAAGCAUCUGCUAAAAAGGAAUUGUACAUUGACAAAUCAACACAUACAUAUACUUUGAGCAUACACGAUUUAAAUGCCUUUGAUAUAGGCGAAAUAAUGGUACGCGCAGAAAAUGAACUUGGUGUAACUAUGUGUAGUAGUGUAUUAGAACUAGAGAUAGUUGAUGGAAAGAUUGUUGAACCACGUUUUGUGCGUCAACCACCAGAAAGGAUUGAAUUACAACCUGGUGAUAGUGCUAGACUGGAAUGUGAGGUUGAAUCCGAACCACCGGUUACAUUUAGAUGGUAUUUAAAUGGAUUACAACUAGACCAGACAGCGAAACAAUUCAAGGUGCUUGAAGAUACUAAUCGUACAACUCUGAUCAUUCCAUCGGUUCAACCAGAAAUACUGCCCAGUGAAGUUACCAUAGAAGCUGCUGGACAGACGGGAACAAAGAUUGUAACCUCUUCAGUAUUGGUAAUGAUGGCUAAAACAGAUGAUAUAACAGAGACGCAACCGGAAAAACAACUCCCUGAACUUCGUUUCACUCGACAACUACCAACACAUUUAACUUAUAGUGAAAAAGAUGAGGCGAUUACACUUGAAGUUGAAGUUGAUAGACCGGAAGAAUCAUUUUCAGAUGUUCCUCAGCCUGUUUUUAGUUGGUAUUUGAAUGGAAUAGAAAUAUUUUUGCUUCCACCUGAAAAGAACCCCGAACGCUACAUUGUAACUCAAGAUCAACCAUGCCACAGCAGAUUGACAAUCAAUAAUCCUGGUACCUGGGACUUCGGUGAAGUUACCUGUAUGGUAACACGUUUAAGUAAUGAUAAGGAGGAGAAGAUUUACACUUCAUGUAAUCUCGAAUUAACUUAUCAGCCACCAAAGACGGAAGAGCAGCCAAAAGCACCAGUAGUUUCAAAAUUAGAAUUUGCUCCACAAUUCAUUCAAGGCUUACCAGAAAAACUUACACCAGAAGUAGGAUCUACAGUUGUUAUGGAUAUCAUAUUAAAGGCGAAUCCAUCACCUGAUAUUCAAUGGGCAAUUAGUUCACCGUCAACAGCUGAAAGAUUCGAAUUUUUCGGUCCAGAACAAGUUGAUGACGAUACAUUACAAUAUAGAGCGGUACUACACAAUUAUCAACCUGAAAAAGAUGAUAAUACUAUAUUACAGAUGAUUGCUACAUCGCCAUUGGGACAAGCAACAUCGGUGUGUCACAUACAACCAAGGGAACAACAGACUGUCAAUGUGGAAUUCGCUAAAACACUAACUUCACAACUAGAAGUUGCACUCGACCAACCGCUACAGUUAGAAUGUUCUGUUCAACCGACAACAGCUCCAAUUGAAUUUCGUUGGUAUGUUAAAGGGUUAGAAGUCACUCCAGAACAAAUACCAUGUGAAGUGAAGACAACAGAGUUUUCAUCAAUUUUAGAAAUACCAAAAGUUAGUUCUGAAAUGAUUGGAACCAUCACUGUUUCUGUUUUGCAUCCUGAAGGAGAAUUGACUAGUUCAUGUGAAUUAUAUACUGCUACCGAAGUAGAAAUGCCUGUGGUUGAAGAUGUUAUCACUGAAUUACCAUCAGCACCUGAAACGUUUACAGUUGAGUUGAAAAAUGUUGAAGAACAAACUGAAUUCAGUUUCAUUAAGCCUGUUCGCGCUGAAGUUCACCAAGAUUCAAGUGAAGAACGUACUUUAGAAUUGGAGUGUCAGUUGCUGACAGACCAACAGCCAGUAUCUGUUCAAUGGAGUCAUGAAGGCUCCGAACUUACAGUAUCCGAUCGGAUUGAACAAGUCUAUGAGUAUGAAAGCGGUUUGGCUAAACUAGUUAUACAUAAUGUUACCCCACAAGAUAUGGGUGAAUACACAUGUACGGCAACACGAACCCAACUUGUACCGACACAAGUUGAACCUAUUCAAAAGACUAUCACCUCCAGUACAGUCGUGGAUAUUGAAGUUCCUGAAACAGUUGAAAUUGUUCCUACAAUCAGUGAAAAAGUACUCACAUUUUUACAACCUGUUACACCGAAUAUUCACACUGUACAAGACCAUAAGGAUCUUGAAUUGGAAUGUCAAAUUCAAGCUGAUUUGAAACCUAUCCAACUCGUCUGGGAAGUUAACGGAGAAGAAUUAACUCAAUCAGAUCGUACAGAAAUGACAUAUUUUGAAGACAGUGGAAUAGCUCGUUUAAUAGUACACCAAGUUAUUCCAUCAGAUUCUGGUGAAUAUGUUUGUAAAGUUCAUGGUGAAGUUGUGGAGGCUGAAACAAAACAACAAAUGACUAAAACAAUUUCUUCCGGUUCAAUAGUUACAAUUGAAGAUCAACCUGAGGAAAUCACUGUUCCAGUUGAAGAUACUCAAUCUGUACAACCAUCGAUUGCUGCUGUCGAACCAGCUGAUCUAUGCUUUGUCAAACCUGUCGCUCAUGAAUUGCAUAAAACAUCUGAUCAAGAGAAACAACUUGAACUGGAAUGCCAAUUUCAAGCUGAUUUGAAACCAGUUGAAGUACAAUGGAAACUAGACGGAAGGAGUUGA